GGUGUCGAAUUCCACAUGGCAAUCUUGUCAACAUGCCAAUAUGGCUGCAUGUGUGAAUUGGGAAGUCAUGGUUCUUUCGAUGUGCAUAACAGGGGUGCAAGGACUUUAGCCUGUGGACUGGUAGUUCAUAGGAAGAAGGUUUAAAUGACUAUGAUGUGUCUUUGUGGUUAAUGUUAUAAAUACUAAUUAGAAAAAUGAAAUAUUUUGAAAGUACGUCCGUGUUCCAUUUUAGUUGGGAUCAAGUUGCCCAAGGCUUCUGGAGGCGUUAUCCAAACCCCCAUAGCAAUCAUGUAUUGUCUGAGGACACAGUAAGUCGGGAAAUACGAGGAAGCAAGCUAUUUACUAAGCGUCUGCUCACUAAGACUAACAGAGUACCAAAGUGGGGAGAGUGCUUCGUUAACUCUCGCACUGUCAAGAUUGUAGAGGAGUCUGUUAUGGACCCAAAUGAGAAAAUUCUAAUUACAUAUACAAGGAAUAUUGGUUAUGUUAGAGUAAUGAGUAUUGUUGAGAAAGUUAUUUAUAAAGUAAGCAAAGAAAACCCUAAUUGGACAGUUGCUGAGCGAUCAGCCUGGAUUGAUUCACAAGUUUUUGGUUUUGGACGAGCCAUCCAGGCGUUUGGUCUUGAACGAUUCCGCAAGAACUGUCAACAGAUGGUGGGAGGAUUUAACCAUGUACUGAUGACAAUGUUCCCCCUCACAGCAACGUCUCUGCCUCAUACAACUUCUGAUGAGACUACAAGUCAGUUAACUCCAGCAAAGAAGGAAACGUUGAAAGAUGCUGCAAAGAAAGCCACAGAUAUUGCAAAAUCUAAAGCAGGACCAAUUUAUGCAUCCUGCCAACCAAACCAGACAUAAUUCUAUUGAAUGCUGCUGUUAUUGUAGUUUCAUAAGGAAAUAGUGUUAGAAUUGGCAAUUUAUUAAAUUUCAGUUAGACAACAGAGCUUUCAUUUAUAUUGUUGCCAUUCUUCAGCAUGCUAGUUAAGGUGAUGCAUCAACAAUUUACUCCGCUUUCUUAUGCUACCUCACAUGUUCCAGAUUUUUGAACUCUUACAUUCAAGAGAACAAAAAAGGGAACUGGCUGAAAUGUCAACACAAGUUGUUCUGGUUUAGAACACUUAGGUUUCUCUGUUCCAGAGACUUGAAAUAAGCUUUGUUCCAGUACUGAAAGAAAACCAUCAGAAGUAUUCCUGAUCAUUUGAUCAUUUUCCAUUUAAUAAUGUACUGAAUUACAGUGUUACUUCAUUGAGAAAGUGGCAAAUAUGUGUGAUCUCUUCAUGUUAAGCUUUGUUCUGUUAUUGUACAUGAUAAUGAAUGUUACAAGGUAUACUAAAAAGUUUAAAGAUACAACAGUUGAGCCAACAGGUUGGAUGCAUUAUUUCACAAUUCCUUGGCAUUAGACUGGUCCCUGUAAACAGGUUACUGUUCAGCUUGUUCAGGAAGUGUAAACUGAAACAUUUCACUCUGAGCUGCAACCAAUCAGGAUCAUGGAGAUUGUGAGAGGGCUAUUCCAUGCAGUGAUUCUAUAGGUUUAUAAAUGGUUGAAAUAAGAACCAGCCUGCCCACAUUUUCAGGGUACUGCACCAAAGAGUUUUUACAGAUUACCACUGGUUUUCAGAACUCAGGAAGGAAAUUUGAAUCAGAAAAUGGUUGGGAAACCUUGGUUCCCAGGAUUAACAUUGAAAAUGUUGGUUGAUUUCAUGUAAUUCAUAAGCAUCUUUGGGCACGUUAUCCACAUUUAAAAAUGUUGGAUAAUGUUAUAGCAUUUGUAGAGGAGGGUCUGUAUCAAAUGUUCCAACCAUAAUUUGCUCGGCAACAUUUUGGUAAACAUUGCAUGAAAGCCGGAAUACCAACGAACAAGCAGGAGUCUUUGCUAGGCAACAGCUUGCUAAAGCUCACUGUCUGUCAAAAAAAGAAUCAGCAAACGUUUAUGUAGAUACGAGGAAUCUUGGAAUCACCAGGCAUUUCUGCAUCAAUGGAUACAGGAGACCAAUAGCUUCUAUUCAGUCCUCCCAUACUAAUAUAAAAGAGAGUUCAUUCGUGAAUUCAGUUCAUUCAUUCGUAAUAGAAUUCAGAAGGCAGUUCAGUAAUU